AUGUAUCAGAGGCAGCUGAGAGGAAAGCUGGCACGCAUGGAGGUUGUAUCGCUAACAGACAGUCAGCUCUACAUCUUACAUGUACUCUACAUCUACAUCUACAUCUACAUCUACCUCUCACAUCUACAUCUUUACAUCUACAUCUACAUCUACAUCUACAUCUACACCUACACGCGACAUCUAACACCUACACCUACAUCUACAUCUAUAUUCAGCAUAUACCUACGUCUACCAUUAAAUCUACACCUACAUCUUACAUCUAACCUCUACACUCCUACCACCUACCUCUACAGUCUACUCUACAUCUACAUCUACAUCUCAUGCUACAUUCUUAUAUUCACGGAUCUACAUCUCUGCACCUACACCUACAUCUACUUUACAUUUACUAUCUACAUCUACAUACAUCUCCAUCUACAUCUAGCACUCUACAUCUACAUGCUACAUUACACCUACACCUACGAUCUAUAUUCAAUCUACAGCUACUCUACAUCUAUAUUCCAUCUACACCUAGCAUCUACAUCUAUAUUCACAUCGUACAACGCGUACAUCUACAUCUACAUCUACAUCUACAUCUACAUCUACACCUACUGUACAUGGCUACACUACAUCUGCAUACUAUCAUCUACAUCUCACCUACAUCUACAUCUGCACGCUAUCACUACAUGCUUACAUUUACACUCUUACUUCUACAUCUACAUCUACUCUAUAUUCCGAUUAGCAUCUACAUCGACACCCUACAUCUACAAUCUAGCAGUCUACAUCUACAUUCAGCGAUCUACAUCUACACUCUACACCUACACUACAUCUACAUCUAGUAUUCCAUCUACACCCGUACUCUACAUCUACAUCUUACGAUCCUACCUCUGCAUUACAUCUAGCAUCUAA